AUGGGUUCGCUCAAACUGUUUGUGAAAACCGUCAGAAAGGCGAAAACCAUUGCUGAUGAGCGGACGGUUGUGCGCAAGGAAAGUGCUGCCAUCCGGACUUCCUUUAGAGACCCGAAUUUGGACCAAACGACUCGCAGGGUCAGUAUUUCCAAGUUAUUGUACCUCUAUAUAUUGGGCGAAAAAACGCAUUUCGGCCAGGUAGAAUGUCUCAAGCUUCUUGCCUCGCCACGAUUUGCUGACAAGCGGUUGGGUUAUUUGGCAUCGAUGCUCUUGUUGGACGAGAAUCAGGAGGUUUUGACCUUGUUGACGAAUUCAUUGGACAAUGACAUGCAGCACCCAAAUACCUUCAUCGUUGGCUUAGCAUUAUCGUGUUUAGGUAAUGUUGCCUCACCAGAGCUUGCCAGAGACCUAUACGGUAACGUGGAUAAAAUAUUGGCCACAAGCAAUUCCGUAUACUUGAAGAAGAAAGCCUGCAACGUGGCGGCCAAAUUGACCGAAAAAGAUCCGGACUUGAGCGAUGUGUUUAUGCCUCGGCUAUCAACGUUAGUAAAUGACAAAACUCCGCUGAUUCUUUUGGGUUCAUGUAAAAUGAUCCAGUCAAUAUACGCGAAUUCACCUGAAUCUCGUCCGGCAUUGGUCAAAAUGAUCCCAAAGUUGAUUUCACAUUUAAAGCGUAUCGUCACCAGUGGUUACAUGCCAGACUAUGAUGUUACCGGAAUCACCGAUCCGUUCUUACAGGCAGCCUUGCUUGUCACUUUGAGAAUGUUGGCCGUGGAUGAGUCUUGCUCUUCUCAGCAUCUUGAGGACGUAAACGAUAUCUUAACUCAGGUUGCGCUGAACUUGGAUGGAGGCAAAAAUGCGUCUCAUGCUAUUUUGUAUGAAUGUGUCAAGACUGUCUUCGCCAUCAAAUCUGACCAGUCUUUAAGGGUCUUGGGUGUCAACAUUCUCGGAAAAUUUUUACUGAUCAAAGAUAACAAUACGCGGUAUGUCGCCCUUGAGAUGUUACUAACCGUUAUCGAAUACGAGCCAUUGGCUGUUCAGAGGCACCGUGCCACAAUUGUGAGUUGUUUGUCGGACGGUGAUAUUUCGAUUAGGCGAAGGGCUCUUGAGUUGUCCUUUGCGAUCAUGAAUGAGCAAAAUGUGCGGGUUUUGCUGAGAGAAAUAUUGGCGUUUUUGGACGCAUGUCCCGAAAAUGAUUUGAAGCCUUUCAUCACUUCACAGUUGUCGGUUGCGGCUGCAAAGUAUGCCCCCACGGGGAAAUGGCAUUUUGAUACAUUGAUUCGCAUGUUGAAAGUUUCUGGAAAUUUCGUUACACCUGACAUCAUAUCCAGUAUCUUGGCAUUUGUCAUGAGAUGUGACGAUGCUGCUUUGAGAAAGCACGUGGUUUCCAAGUUAAUCCUGUCGAGCUUCGAAGACGGCUCUCAAUACGGAUUGGCAAUGGUUGCUAUUUGGUGUGUGGGUGAGUAUGCUGAUCUCGUUUUAAACACCCAAGUUGAAAUUAAUGGAAAAGCUGAGUUAAUUUCCGAGAAAAAGAUCCUCAACAUGAUCGACUCUUAUGUCAACAAUACAAGCUACUCUGAACUCGAGACUGUUCAGUUGGUAAGUACUGUUUUGACUGCAGUUAUCAAAUUAUCUGUCAAAUUUAAAGAUGCCGAAUCAAUUGAGCAAUUACGUUUGAUUCUCAAUGCCAAAAGCUGGGAUAAUGACUUGGAAAUUCAAACCCGUGCCAUUGAGUACCAGCAAAUUUUUGGCCAGGACGAGAAAUUGAAGCAGGGAUUGAUGUCUAGGAUGCCUGCACCACCCAUGAAAGAACAGACUGCUCACACUUUGCAGGGUAAAUCAAAACCAGCCUCUAGUCCACAUCUGGGGCCUUUCAAUUCUUCUAGUGCGACUGAAGAUCUUCUUGAUCUCCUCGAUGAUUCGGAGGUCAAAACUCCCGGAAACACGAAUUUGGGUACUAACAAUGACCUUUUGCAAGACAUAUUUGGAUCUCUGGCAAAAAAAUCUUUGGAUGCCAGAGAAACUCCUGCUGGAGCAAAUUCUGAUCUUCUAAAUGGAUUGUUGUCUUCUUCCAAUGCGUCCGCUAAUGCGGCCUCAACUCUGAAAAAAGGAGACGAAGUCUUUGAAAACGGGCAUUUGCGUAUUUUAUUUACUCCAGGUGAGUUUGGAGAGGGAAGAGCAAAUGUGGAUGUUGAAAUUACGUCCCUGUCGCAUUCUGAUCAAAUCGAAAAGGUGCAGCUUCUUAUUGCCGUGCCAAAAUCACAAAAGUUAACUAUAGCCACCACAGCUGGCACAGACUCAUUGGUGACGAGCAGCACCAUAAGGCAGGCUUUGAAAGUUGCUGGAGCCCCUGGUUCAAAGAUGAAAUUGAGAGUCAAAGUCAAAUAUCAACUUAAUGGAGAGUCGAGAGAUGACCAAUUUGACUACGCUGGGUUCACGGAAACCUUGUAA